AUGGAACAAGAACUCCGUGAACUCAAGGAGAAACAGGAAAGACGUCGUGCUGAGCGUGAAGAAGACGAGCGCCAAUUUGCUGAACGUCGUCGCCAGGAUGAGGAGCGCAGACGUAAGGAAGAGGAAGAGCGCAAGGCCAAGAUUGAUGCUGAAAAGAACCGUAAGAACGAUGAAAGAAUGCGUCGUCAACAGAUGAUGGCUGGCUCAUUCGCUGGUCACUCAGUUCAACCUGGAAGUGGAAAGAACUUCACCGUUGAAAAAAGUGACAAAGCUGCUCAGUUUGGUAACCUUGCUCAGGGGGCAAAGAAGAAGGACGGUAUGUCCAAGGAACAGAUGGAGGAGGCGAAGAAGGCAUUCAUCGCUACUGUAUGCCGUGCAGUAGAUAUUUCCUCAUUGCUACCUAACGAUCUGAAGGACAGAAUCAAGGCUCUUCAUCAAAGAAUUACUAAGCUUGAAAGUGAUAAGUACGAUUUGGAGAAGCGCCAAGAACGCCAAGAAUACGACAUGAAAGAGUUGCAUGAGCGCCAACGACAAGUUGCUCGUAACAAGGCUCUUCAGAAAGGUCUUGACCCUGAAGAGGCCGCAUCAUCCCUUCACCCACCAAAGGUCACUACUGCAUCGAAAUUCGAUCGUCAAACUGAUAGACGAUCAUACGUCGAUCGCCGUAUCAUGUUCGAGAAGCCAUUCGUUCCCAAGCCACCCACCAUCGCACAUGGAACUGCCCGCCCACCAAGUGACUGGGGACGUAAGGAUAACGAAGAGCUUGAGCAACUUCGCAAAAAUCUCGAACCACCAAAGUAUGUGGAACAGGUAAAGGCCGAAGGUGAAGCAGCUCGACCACCAGUUGCUCCAAUUCCAUUGCAGUUGCCGGAAAAAGAUUUCGAGGAUGAAGAGCCUCAGCCGGUCAUCGAUAAUCUUAUCCCCGCCCCAGUCGCUUCGUGA